UCAAAAAUGGCAACAAUUCAUCUUUUGGUGGCAUCUCUACUAAUUUUAGCAAAUGUUUCUUUUUUGGAAGCAUCAUUUUCACCCAGCCUUAUUGUGGAUCUGGCAAAAAUCGUCAUGGACAGUUACUGCUCUCCAGAGAAGCUGGUGGGGAUGAAGGAGGCUAUUGAAGCAGCUUCAAGCAACACCAAAGUCCUUAACAUCCCAGACAGUGAAUCGUUGGCCAGUGUCUUGAGCGGUGGAGUCCAAACCACAAUCAGUGAUCCUCGCCUGAGGGUCACCUAUGAGCCAAACUACGUUCCAGCUGUUCUUCCACAGAUCCCUUCCCUGCCUCCUGACCAGCUUGUUGCUGUUCUCCAGACAUCCAUGAAGCUAGACAUUUUGGAUGGCAACAUUGGCUACUUGAGGAUUGAUAACAUCCUCGGAGAAGAGGCUGCUGACAAGGUUGGCCCUUUGCUUGUCGACCUAGUCUGGAAUAAAAUCUUACCCACCUCUGCUCUAAUAUUUGAUCUACGUUACACCAGCAGAGGGGAUAUUUCAGGUAUCUCCUACAUUGUGUCUUACUUCACCAAAGCUGAGCCUCUGAUUCACAUUGACACCAUUUACGACCGACUCUCAAACACCACCACUAAGCUCUUUUCAUUGCCCACCCUGCUGGGACAGAGAUACAGCCUACACAAGCCCCUGAUCAUCCUCACAAGUAAAAAUACAAAGGGCAUUGCUGAAGAUGUUGCAUACUGCCUUCAGAACUUGAAGAGGGCAACCAUUGUGGGCGAGAAGACAGCUGGAGGUUCAAUUAAACUUAGUAAAUUCAAAGUGGGUGACACUGACUUCUAUGUUACUGUACCUACUGCCAAGUCCAUCAACCCCAUUACAGGCUCCAGCUGGGAGCUCAUGGGAGUAACCCCAAAUGUGGUUGUUAAUGCAGAAGACGCUCUUGCUACCGCUAUCAAGAUUAUCCACCUACGUACCCUAGUUCCAGCCAUCGUUGAGGAAUCAGCCACCCUGAUUUUGAACAACUAUGCCUUCAAAAAUGCUGGGGAAAAUGUGGCAAAGAAGCUGAAAGAACUUCUAGCAAAUGGUGAGUUCAGCAUGGUUGUCUCCACAAAAGAUCUGGAGACAAAGCUGUCUGCCGAACUUCAAAAAAUUUCUGGAGAUAAAUUCCUGAAGACCACCAGAAACAUCACAUCCCUGCCAACAAUGCAUUUUUCUCCAGAGAUGUACACUGAUCUGAUCAAAGUCUCUUUCCACACUGAUGUAUUUGAAAACAACAUUGGCUACCUGCGUUUUGACAUGUUCGGAGACUUUGAGGAGGUCAAACCAAUUGCCCAGAUUAUUGUUGAGAACGUCUGGAAGAAAGUUGUCAACACAAAUGCUAUGAUCAUUGACCUCAGGAAGAACCUUGGAGGAUCAACAACAGCCAUUGCAGGUUUCUGCUCCUACUUCUUUGAUGGGGACAAGCAGAUUCUGUUGGACAAGCUCUAUGAGAGACCAUCUGGUACCACUACUGAGCUACUAACCCUGUCAGAGCUUACUGGCACAAGAUAUGGCUCCAGGAAAAGUCUGAUCAUCUUAACCAGCAAAGCUACUUCAGGUGCUGCUGAAGAGUUCAUUUACAUUAUGAAAAAACUGGGCCGUGCUAUGAUAGUUGGAGAGAACACUGCCGGGGCUUCCCACCCACCAAAGGUGUUUCAUGUUGGCCAGAGUGACAUCUUUCUCAGCAUCCCCACAGUCUGUUCAGAUACUGCAACAGGGCCAGCCUGGGAGGGGACUGGUAUCACACCUCAUAUUCCCACAUCAAGUGAUGCUGCCCUCGAAGUUGCAAAGGGCAUCCUCAACAAGCACAUCACAGGCCAAGAAUAAACAGCUGAACAAGUCAAACGAGAUCUAAAAAAGUUAAAUCUGGUCCUCUGGACAGA